CGAACAGCCUCGAUUGCCAUCACCACAGUGCUCCAGCCGCCAAAAUGGCAAAGAAAGGUACGCAUUCAUUCAAUCAUCCGCCAAUAUUAUGGCCGCUGAAUCCAUGAACCCUUAAGGGUCUCUGGAUCGCUGUGCUAACAUCACCCGCCGCAGCGAAAUCCCGUACCAUGGCCGUUCGCCUGAUCUCCAUGGCCAUGACCGGCUACUACCGCACAAUGUCCCGCCCCCGUACGCAUCGGCCUUUGAGCAUGUUGAAAUACGACCCGGUUGUUAAGAAGAAGGUCCUGUUUCUGGAAGCGACGAAGGGUGGACGCGCGAAAUAAUUUACCAUCAACCCCCCCGGGUCAAUUUUUUAUCCUCUCGGCUCGCGGGCUAUCGGAUGUCUUUCGGAAAUACUUCGCGGC